AUUGUCGAGAAAGAAGGAAGAAGACACACGUCAUUAGGAAUAGGAAGCUCAGUCAUCUCCAAAAUUCGAAGCCCCUUCAGAUUUGAUCAUGCACAGAAGAUAUUCGAUAAAAUGCCAAAAAGAGCUAACAAGAUCUUCUCGAAGCCCCCCGAACAGACAGAAGGCCGUCGCCAGCUAGCGGCGGUCCCUCAAACCCGAGCAAUGUUUCGUGAAUGGCCUCUCUCCAUUCCAGCAACCAAAACCUCUGACGCGAUUCCCAGCAGCUCUCCCCGUUCGCUCCCAGAAGCUGAACAAACCCAACUGGAAGUCGCCGGAUUUCCUUCAGUCAACGUCGUCGGUUUCUCUUCCUUUGGUCAGACGAUGGCGGCGCACAAUCCUCAGCGAGACCUAGUCUUGUACGCGCCUAAUCCUUGGACUCCUCUUAUUGGGCCGAUAAGUCCUAUUUUCCCCCCUCUGGACCUGGAUCCUAUUUCACCCCUGGCCCAUCUGAGCCAUCCCAAACCAAGCCCAAGCCCGCCUAGCCUAUUUUCACUACAACUCCUCUCACUAGAACCUCCACCAUGCCCAGCCCGAACCCAACCCAAACCCUCUAGUCUGGACCGAACCCAACCCAGCCUGACUGGCCCAAACUCGGCCCAACCCUCCCAAUUAGCCCAUCUCUCCUCUACAACCCAAACUGUCACCCUUAGACCGGCAAAAUCCUUCCUCUCGGCCGCCCAAAAAAUCAUCCCCAAGCCCUUGUCCUAUGGCUCUAUUUCUCUAUCCGGCAGCAUCCCAAAUGUUUAUUUCUCUCCUCCGGAAACAAAUUCUCCUUCGGCAAGCCCUCCAAUGAGGCUAUUCGGUCGAACCUUGCUCUUUUGGGUUUCACCAGAUGCGAAAAGAAUUUCCUCCAUGCCAAUUACAUCUUUAUCGAAUUCGACGACCCAAACACGUCUACGAAACUUUAGUUGA